CAAAACAGUCAGAAAAAAAACCAACAAAAAAAAGUGCGAGGCAGCAAAGUAAAUGGCGUCUCAAGUUGUUUUUUAUUCGAUAUCAAUGUGUUUCUAAUAUCACAAUGUCAUUUCUAAAGUUAUCUUGUUAGUAAUAUCAACUUCGUCGGUAUAUUUAAUGUUUCAUUGACAAUUACUUGUUAUUUGGUCGACGUUUCACUUUUUGCUGUAAAACAAUGGCGUCGAAUGAUUCUAUAGAAUCCCAGGUAAAAGUUGGUGAAAAUCGUGAUACCGCAGACGAUUACUACAGUUUGUGCAGCGAGACGGACACCGGUGAAGGCAUCAAGCGUCGUCGAGUGACUCAUGACUACCGAAAACUUUCGAAAUUGGGAUACGAUCCAAGUAUGCCAACUAAUUUGAAACACGCAACAUCCAGUGAUUUCAAAGUGAGGAAGCGCAAGCUGAGCGGCGAUUCUAAAGAGCUAUGCGUUUGGGGGGAAAAUUCGAGACCAGCUAAGUACAGCAAGAUAUGGCCGGUGUUUGACUCUGGAGGAUUUGGCGAUACUGCAGUACUCAAUCUUCACAUAUUGCAGAAACCUCAGCCAAUGAGAAAUACACUACUCUUUUCUGACAAUAAUUUGCAAGAUAUAACCCAACCCUGCGUAGAUUGGUUCGGGGGCAUCAACGCGUCGUGGAAACAAACGAAACUCUCGAACACAAUACCUCACGACGAUCUAACGAAACGUAUCUAUUCAUCGGUUUCACGUCAAUUGAGAAUUAUAAACGGACACUUUCAGACGUUCAUGUUCAAAUACAAGUACCCUAAAGUGACAAGAGCUAACGUUCUUCUAGAAUCUUCUAGUUCGAGACGUUUGUCGACGCAUAUCAGUCUAUCCUUGAAGGCUAUAAAGUUCCAGUCGACGCCAAGGAGAGAGUUACCGUACUAUGGUAACUUGGAGUUACCGCUGAAGAUAAAACAGGAAAAUGCGUCGUCCCAAUUCUACCCGGCGAUCGGUAGGAGUGUUCAAACAGACACUGAUAAAAUACAGAGUGCUGUCAAAGUGAAAAUCGAACGUGAUAGUGUGAAAGUAGAAGGCGAAAAUGAGAAGAGUAAAGAUAAAGAAAGGGAGAGAGAUAGAUCAUCUCACUCGUCUCGACACUCGUGUCAGCAGUGUCGCCGUCGGGCGCGUAUAAAGCGUUGCUCUAUAGGCGUUCAGUGUAGGAGGGAACGUACUGGCCCGGUUUGGGGACCACUGGCCCACAGCUUGGAUCUAAAAGAGCUCAAGUAUCAUAGAUUAAUGAGGGUAGAAACCCAUCCGAACGGCGGCGCUAGUGUUGUUUAUCUACACCAACAGGAUGUGGAUAUGUUGAGUCCUACGCAGCAGGAAACACUAGCUAAAGAGUUUUUAAAGGUCGUCUUCUCGGAGAACAGUGAAGGUUGGGCUAAUUUCGUCUGCGGUGUGGUCCGGGGAGCAGCGGGGAGACUUCCCUGUUUACUGCAGUAUUUGUCAGAAAACUAUCCCACUUUGACUGUCAAAGCUGGUGUUUUGGCAAGAGCGAGUGAUAUUGAAACCACUACUAUCAGUCGAUAUCAUCAACAGGUUCAGCAGUCGUAUUCAGCGGGAACCUUCCGUUCGGGUCCAUUACAUCAGAUCUCGCUUGUUGGGACUGUGCAUGAAGAAGUGGGUGGCUACUUUCCUGAUAUGCUGCAAAUGUUGUCUGAUUGUCCAUUUCUCAAUUUGACAAUGCCAUGGGGUCCUAUGUCAGCUGUGGAGAUGGACCCUCAAGAAUCAAAUGAUGGGCCGAUUCUAUGGAUCAGGCCGGGAGAACAAUUAGUACCAACAGCAGAACUUGGAAAAAGUCCCAUUAAGAAAAGAAGGACGGGAAUGAACGAGCUGCGCAACCUCCAGUACCUGCCCCGCUGGAGCGAGGCGCGCGAGUUCCUGUUCGAGGACCGCACGCGCGCGCACGCCGACCACGUGGGCCACGGCCUCGACCGCAUCACCACCGCCGCCGUCGGAGUCCUUAAAGCGAUCCACUGUAACGACGAAUCUGACCGUGGAAGAAUAACUAAGGAUGUGGUUGCGUUUCAUGCAGCCGACUUCAACAAACUUGUGCAAUUGUUACAACUAGACUUGUACGAACCGCCUAUUUCUCAAUGCGUUACUUGGUUAGAAGAAGCGAAGCUAAACCAACUACGUCGUGAGGGGGUCCGAUAUUCGCGACUGCCUUUAUGUUCAGAUGACAUUUACUUUUUACCAAGGAACAUUAUACAUCAAUUUAGAACCGUGUCCGCGGUUACGUCUAUUGCGUGGCAUCUUAGGUUAAAACAGUACUAUCCAUCGUCAGAAGCCUCAUCACCGGCAGAUGAGAGACCGCCACCAGAUCAGUCUACUAGUAAUCAUUCAGAUUCUAAGAAAACCACAAAACACAAGAGCGGCGUUAUAGAAAUGAGAGCCUUGAGCGCGAAGUUUAAAGAGAAGUCAGAUUUAAAAAUAUCUGCAACUCGAAAGAGUGUAGAAGUACAGAGUAAAGAUAAGGCCGAUGACAAAAAGGAGAGACGGACAGACAAACACGAAAGGGGGGACAAAACUGAGAAAAGUGACAAACACACGCAUAGGCACAGAGACGGCGAUAAACAUAGGACAGAGAAAUCUGAAACUCGGAUAUCAGAUAAAUUAGACAAACCAUCGGAAAAAUCGGACAAACCAGAAAUUAGAAUUUCUGACAAAGAAAAUAAAGUUGACAAAGCAGAACAAAACAAAUCUGAAAAGUCUGAUAGAUUGGAUAGACAUGAAAAGACCGAUAGAACUGAAAAAGAUAGAACCGAAAAAACAGAAAGUCGGUCAGAGAAAUCUGAAAUAAAAUAUAAUGAUAAGCUCGAAAAAACGCAUGAGAGAUCAGACAAAGAGAGAACAGAUAGAUCUGACAAAACGGAAAUAAAGAUGGAGAAGUCUGACAGAUCAGAGAAAUCUGACCGGUCGGUAGAUAAAUCAGAUCCCAAAACUGAUAAAUCGGAAAGCAGAACUGAAAAGGAGAAUAGAUCAGAGAGAUCGGAAAAAAGCCAUGAUCAUCACAGACGUCACUCAUCAUCCCGUCACAAGUCAUCGCACCACAAGUCUGAUAGGUCUCGGGACCACAAAGACCACAAAAAGGACCACAAAAACUCAGACGACAGAAAAUAUGAGAAACAAAGGGAUAAGGAUAUUAGAGAUGUUAAAAGUGUUUCUGAUUCUAAAAUGCAAAGUGAUAAGUUACCACAAGUGAUCCACCGACCUCCAGAUUAG